AUGGCGGAUCCUUUCGAGGUCCGCAUGCGCUUCAGCUCGCAACUGCAGCAUCUCAACGCAUCUGUUGCUUCGGCGCAGAAGGCGGCCCAGUAUGCGCUCAAAUAUAAGGACAUGGAUGAGGAUCUGCACUCAUGUAUCCUGGAGCAAGUAGAGCGGAAUAACAUGAAUACACGUGCCAAUAUCAUGUAUUUUAUUGAGCACUUCCUCGACUUGGCUCAGCGUGACGGCCACUCGGAUUACAUCCGCAUGAUGCAGCGUGAUAUCAUAAGAGUUGUCGAUGCUGUGGCUCCUGACGAUGGCUCUGGGGCGGCCAAUGUCAAAGUUGUCCGCAAGGUUUUGAUUGGCCUUCAAAACAAGGGCUUUCUGGAGAACCAAGUGGUAACGCAAAUUGAGGACGUCAUCAAGGAACGCGGUACCAAUGAUGACGAUUUGGGCCUUGCAUCUCCCACCAGCGACGUUGACAUGACAGACGCCCCGGCCUCCGAGUCAAAAUCUCGGCGGCGACCCGCGACCCAUGGCCUGGAUAAGCGUCAAGUAGAGCAGCGGAUUGAAGAGGAUCGAGAGCGACACAAGCGCGAGCGAGAGAGGAUCUGGGCUGUCCCCAAGGGAGAGGAUGCCGAGAUGAACAAGCUGUGGGAGGAGACGAGCGACUUUGGCGACGACGACGACCGCCUGUUGACUGAAGAAGGCGACGACUUCACCAAGGAGAUGGAGAUACAGCAGUGCCAUCACCAACCACCGGCGAAUCGCAACGGUCAUUGAUUUUUCUCCUGUUCUUUAACCAUGGCAUUGGGCGGCGUUGUGUGUUUCAGUGUACCACAUUGAGGUUAUCAAAUUGUAUAUGCAUGGAAUUGAGAUACCCCAGAGAAUUUCUAUACUAUUCAUGGUCCUGGGAAAAAUACAUUUGCAAUUGGGAAACAGGACUCCACAAACACCGAGAAUGGUUGGCCCAUAUCAUGCAAAGGGAAAAUAGAAAAAAGAAUUCUCUUCUUUGAUAUAUAAUACACAAUAUUUUGUUGU